AUGUCGCUGACCAACACAAAGACGGGGUUUUCGGUCAAGGACAUCUUGGACCUGCCGGACACCAACGAUGAGGAGGGCUCGGUGGCCGAAGAGCCGGAGGAGGAGAGCGAGGGGCCAGAGCCCGCCAAGAGGGCCGGUCCUCUGGGGCAGGGCGCCCUGGACUCGGUGCCGAGCCUGCCCCUGAAGAACCCCUUCUACGACAGCAGCGACAACCCGUACACGCGCUGGCUGGCCAGCACCGAGGGCCUGCAGUACUCCCUGCACGGGCUGGCGGCCGGCGCGGCGCCCCAGGACUCCAGCUCCAAGUCUCCGGAGCCUUCAGCCGACGAGUCACCGGACAAUGACAAGGAGACCCCGGGCGGCGGGGGGGACGCGGGCAAGAAGCGGAAGCGGCGGGUCCUCUUCUCCAAAGCGCAGACCUACGAACUGGAGCGGCGCUUCCGGCAGCAGCGGUACCUGUCCGCGCCCGAGCGCGAGCACCUGGCCAGCCUCAUCCGCCUCACACCCACACAGGUCAAGAUCUGGUUCCAGAACCAUCGCUACAAGAUGAAGCGCGCCCGGGCCGAGAAAGGUAUGGAGGUGACGCCCCUGCCCUCGCCACGCCGCGUGGCCGUGCCUGUUUUGGUCAGGGACGGCAAACCGUGCCACGCGCUCAAAGCCCAGGACCUGGCAGCCGCCACCUUCCAGGCGGGCAUCCCCUUUUCGGCUUACAGCGCGCAGUCCCUGCAGCACAUGCAGUACAACGCCCAGUACAGCUCGGCCGGCGCCCCCCAGUACUCGACAGCACACCCCCUGGUCCAGGCCCAGCAGUGGACUUGGUGA